UAGUGUACUCCAUGAUAAAACAUACUAUGGACCUGCUACUUAUAGGAAAGUAGGUCACAAAUUUGAAUAUUGCUAUAGCAAAAAAACUGCAGGUAUCAACAUUUCCCCUUCUACCGGUCAACACUUGAAUCAAGAUGUGUAUCGGCUACAAAGACCACAAGUAAUAUAUGAUUGGGCAUGCUUUGAAUUGGACUUUUGUACCACAUGAGAGGCCAGUCAAACACCAUUUUAUAAUUACCUGACAUACUAGAAAACACCCACAUUCAACUAACCAACAGGUAGCAACAGGUAAUACUUCACUUUUACACAAGUCAAAUCCAAGAUGUCUCGUCUAUCCAAGGCUUUAGAAUUUAUGGAUAAGAACGAUCUUGAGUGUGCCAUCUGCCUCAGCAGGUUUCACCAACCAAAAACACUGAAAUGCAUGCACACCUAUUGUCUACAUUGUAUCCAGAAAUUGGUGGAAACUCAUGGUAAGAUGAAAUGCCCAACAUGUGGACAAGAACAUGAUCUAACAAAAGAAGACCUGGCUUCAAAUGAAAUGAUAAGUCUACUACUAGAGUAUGUCAUGAAAAUUGAGGAUCAAAAACCAACUAAAUGCUCUUUCUGUGACAACCAACCAGCAUACCACUGCUCAACAUGUCAACAAUAUCUAUGUGGAGCGCAAUGUGCCAAACAACACAAAACACUAGCUGUAACUAGAGAUCAUCCACUUUACACACUAGACAUAGAGGAACAGAAUGACAAACCAACCAAUUGCCAGGUACACUACAAAACCCCACAGGAAUUUUACUGCUCCACUUGCAGCAAAUCAGCAUGUGAGAACUGUCAGCACAUUUUUCACUGUUUUCAAAAACAGCAUAAAGUAAUCAUGAUGUCCAGUGCUAUAGAUAAGUUUAACAAAGAUGCCAAUGGAAUUGUAAAGUUAGCUCAUGAAAUUGAAAAGACACUAACAGAAAAACUAGAAAAGUUAACUACAGAUAGAUCAGAAUUUGAUUCCCAAAUGAAGUUAUGCCGAAGAGCUAUAGAAAUUCAGGAAAAUAAACUUAUCAGGAAAGUUCAAGAGAAAAGCAAAGAAUUAAUAUUGGACCUUGAAAGUAUAUACAAAGAUAAGAAAGAAUGA